CUUGUUUAAAAAAAAAAAGAAAAAAAAAGAAAGAAGUUGAAGAGGCCACGGUGAACCCUUCUCUCCCGCCUUCAUACAUGCUCGAGGAAACCUUUGGACUCUUGAACCCUUCCCUUCCCGCCUUCAUCCCUGCUCGGGUAGCUUCAGUUGUCACCUGCUUGAAGAACCGAGCCAUUCCACUCUCGCUGGAACCCUAUUUGGUAAUUGGUGAUACCCCGACACCCGCAAAAAUCCCUGCUCGAAAAAGGAGUUCGGCUGCGUUUGAUCCCUGCUCUCCCUUUACUCUACUCUACACUACCUUCGUUUCACAUCGCUGUGAAGAAACCCCUAGACCCGACGAUUUUGGCUAAACCCCUCUCAACAUCGGUAGUGCAAGUCGGCUGGAACCCUUUUGGUGAAAUUUCUGCUCACCAUCUCUGUCGUCUCUCAGAUCUUCAAGGUCCAAAUAGAGUUCGCUUCAAAACGCUGUGCCUGCAACACUCUACCCUACUGCCAUUGCUGCUAAUCGAAGGGAGGAAGAUAGCAGAGAAGAAGACGGUAUCUCCUACAGUGCUUCAAAAUGGUGGUAGUUUCAAAGAACCCAAGACGAGCAGAUCGAUUACCCAAGAAAAAAAGACGACUGGAUCACAAAAUCUCUGUUUCAGAAGAUGAAAGCAUCCUGGAGGUUGAACUGGAACAGGAAGAACCUAAUAUUUUACAUGAUGCGGAAAUGAAGGAAUUUUCAGAAGACGAGAGUGACUCGGAAAAUGAAACAGCAGAGGACAAGGAGCUGGAAAAAGGGGAGGAAUUUUUGGAAGAUGAGAGUGACUCAGAAUAUGAAACAGCAGAUGAUGAGGAGCAGGGGGAAGGACAUGGGAGCCGACAGGAUACUGAGAUGGAAGAACUUGAAAAAGAGUAUUCAAAUCUUCGUAACCAGGAGCUAGAUCUUUUGAAGAAUUUGAAGCGCCAUAAAGAUGAUGAUCUUCUGAAAGGUCAGGCUGUGAAGAAUCAGAAGGUUCUCUGGGACAAAGCGCUCGAGUUAAGGUUUCUGCUGCAGAAAGCAUUCUCAAGUUCAAAUAAACUGCCACAGGAGCCUCUUAGAUCUUCAUUCCUUGGGACAAAUAAAGCAGUUGAUGAAGCAUAUUCAGAACUUGUAAACUCAUCCAAGCAGACUUUGGAUUCUUUGCUGGAACUCCAGGAGGUUUUACUUGAGAAGAAUCCUUCCAUUGCAGAAGCUACAAAUGGGAACAUCAAGGGAUCUUCUAAGGAUACUGAAGAAUCUAAGAAUUUGGAUGUGGGGAGUGAUGCCGAAUGGUCACAUAUAUAUCAAAUGCAUCUGAGAAUAGCUCCAUUUAGAAACAAGUCAAUAGAUAAAUGGCAGAGAAAGACUCAAGUGACAACUGGUGUAGCUGCCUUUAAAGGAAAUUUAAAAGCUUUUAAUCAGAAUAUUAGUGAACAAGUAGCUGAUUAUAUGAGGAACCCACGUAAAAUGCUUAAGAGCAUGCAAUUACAUAGAUCAACAGUGGGUGUCUUGGGAUCUGUCCCUGAGGCAGAAACCAAUGUUAAGGAAAAGGAUGUAAGUGUGGGUGGAGACCCUGAGCUUUUGGAUGAUUCCGAAUUUUAUCAGCAACUCCUCAAGGAAUUCUUUGAGACUUUUGAUGUGAAAUCAUCUGAGACCGCCUUAUAUGCUUUGAAGAGAUUGCAAACCAAGAAGCGGAAGAUUGUAGACAGGCGUGCUUCUAAGAGCCGUAAGAUCAGGUAUCAUGUUCAUGAAAAGAUUGUCAACUUCAUGGCUCCUGAACCUAUGAAGCAGCCUCCAAUGGCACCAAAGUUGUUUGAGAACUUGUUUGGCCUGAAAAACCAACAGCCUGCUUCUGUGGCCUAGUCUACUAGUCAGGGGAGGAUGACGGCAAAAUUUUAUGGGUGUUGAAAUUGUGCGAUAUUAUUUGAAUUGAUUUCAGAGCAUACUGGAUUCCGGAGAAAGGCCAUUUGUUUUGCAGCAAAAGCUGGUGCACUCGCAUGGCUGAGAGAAUGCUUCUGCUAAGUACAGAGAUAGCAUCUACAGAGUAAUUGAUAAAUGAAAUGUUGUUUUCAGAUGUGAUUCGCGCUAUCAGUUGGUGCAGUUAACUAGUCAUUGCCUGGGAUGACCAAAUUCUAAACGCCACACCUCAAUCUCAUUCUUUGGAUAUGCAAUAGAGACUCUGUUGGUUUAUUCUAACAUGUAUCAUGUGGCCAGUGAAUUUCUUGGCUAUCCUUAUGCAUAGUCAUUUAUUAGUGUAUUCUGAAUUAA